ACAUUCUUUUAUGAAGAUGGACAAGAGAACCUUUUCAAUGAACAUGGAGGAAAAGUUUACGAUCCAAUGGAAGAUUUUUUAACACAAAUUGACGAUCCCAACAUAGUUCUUGGAACAACAACCAAUCGAGAAACUUACUUGAGUGCUAAACGCCCCGAAAAAGCUACUGGUGAACCAUCAGUUACGAAGCCGUUGAAAUCUAGUAAUUUGACUAAAUGA